UUUGCACUCCCUUGUCAGGGCAACGUGUACUCUGCACUCCUGCAGCGAGGUGGUAUCUCCUGUACUCCGUACCCUGUAUCUCCUGCUAUCUCCUCCUUUCCGGGUCCCUGCAUCAAAGACAGGAAUCGACCCUCGAAGCAGCGCCUGGUGUCACUCUGCGGCAGGUGGCGGAGUCGCUUCGAUAAUCCCGCCGUAGGCAUCAGGCUUAGCCUGCUGGUCGAUACUGGGUCGAGCAUAGUGGAUGAUACGCUGCCUGUGCUCGGUAUCGCACAACGGCCGGUGAAACAGGAUCGCGCAUCAUGUGCCGCGGUGGGCCGCCAAGCUCCGCCGAAUCCUCUUCCGCUUUGCCCCAGUUGCAUCGUCUGCAUCUUCUGCACUCGACGUGUCGACCAGCGAUGA